CUGCCUGUACACUCAAAACAAAUUAGUUUUGUGUAAAUCCAAAUAGAAAAUAUGAAAGUGGCAGCCUAUGUAUAGGCUAUGCUUGUGUAAGGAAGUGGCUCAGAUAGGUCACAGCCUUUGGAGUUUUAGGCCACGUACAAACUUCAUGACUAAGUGACAACCGACAAUGUUGUGUGGACAUCUUGAUGUAUAGGUCUUCUUUGUGUCUGUGAGCUGAUGAGACAUACCUCACUAUUCACGAGGGAACUGGAAUGUAGAUCCUUAUCAGAAUAACCAGACAGGAAGGCUCCUUCUACACAUUCCAAGCUCUGAACCUCAGAUAUCACAUUGUGUUUUGGAGUUAUUACAGAUGCUUUACCUAGAUUAUGUCUUAUCAAUCUAUGUCUUGUUACACAUCACACCUACCCACUCACAUACAUGACAAACCUCUCUGUUAUGUAAGGUAUUAUUGUCCAAAAAGAUUGAUCUUUCAUCAUCAGCUAACUGGUUGAGAGGCACCACAGUCAGUCUGUGGGACUGACACAUGGUGUUGCUAUCACUUUGGCCUUGUCAUGGCUUGCCCCUGUCAUACCUGAGUUUUAUGGUGUUUGGUGGGGGAGUUGGAGGCUCAAGUGAGCGUGAGUCAUACUCCCAAGACAAACCACAGAGAUAUGCCAGGGAACAGCCGCUCCACACAGGCCUCCAUAUGCAUGCAGCAUCAGCGCCGUGACAGGAUGAUUGAUGAGGAGGUGUGUCAUAAGAAUGCAGGCGGAGCAUCAGGGAUGUUUCAAAUUCUACAUCCCAAACUCACCUCAGUUAAUGACUAUGUGGGCUUCUCUAAACCAGAGACUUUUCAUUUUCCUCCCCGUGCUGCUACCAUUUAGCAGAAGAAGAGUGAGGAAGAGGGGACAGCGCUUUAGCAAUCUUCUGGAGACCUGGGGGAUUGAGGUCCCCCAGGAGAGAGUAGCUAUGGAGGGCCAGUGGGAAGGAGGUGAAUCUGGAGAUUCUCUCAUGCUUUCAGGGGCCACUUUCAUGUCUACAUCUAACGUGGGGACACUGAUGCGGUCUGAUACAGAGGAUUCUGGGGUGGAGAUCUGUUCUGAGGCUUCUCUCCCCUCCUCUCCUCCCUCUGUGUCCAUGAGUAAUACAGAUUUUGAUCCUACAGUCAGUGACGAGGAUGGAUUCCCCUCUACCUCUCCUCCAUGCUCUCCUGUCUUCUCUCUGCCAUCUUCCUGCUCCUCUUCCUCCCUGUCCCUCUGCCCCAGGGCUCAGCGGCACAGGGAGCUGGCUGCGGUCAUGCACCUAAAAUUGGAGCAGGCACUGAGGAGGGCAGACUCUGGAGACAGAGACGCUGUGCCCCGACAGCGGUGUCACACGGCUUCACUACCAUCACCUCACUCAGUGACCCAUAUACAGAGUGCAGGUCACAGGUCAGGGAGUGCUGGUCUGAGGAGGACAGUCAGCCAGUCAGUAGUGGAAGAACAGGCCUCAACGGCUCUGCUGCAGCACAGAGGAGGGCUCUUCCCACAUCACAAGACACUGCCUGCUCAGACAGACACAGAGAUCAGGGAGAAGGAUGUGUGUGAGGAGGAGUAUGAGGGGCUCACCCCUGGGCUGGGCUACCUGGAGCAGGUAUGCCGGAUGCUGGAGGAGAUCGCCAGGCUACAGCUUCGUAACCAAGGGUUACAGGUGGAGAUGGAUGCUCUCCGGGAGCAGCAGGGGAGCCAGAAAUCAGAACGCAACCAGUGUGACUUCCAGGCUUCUGAGGAAGGCAGCCCCUCUGCCAAUGAAAGACUUGAAGUCAAAGAUUAUGAGGACUUACCCUAUCAAUCAUCUCAUAGCAAUAGUAAUGUGCAUCAGCAUUUUCGACUUAGGUCAACAUCGGACACAAUACUCAUGAUGGGACAUCUAAAGAAGGGAAAGGAAGAGUCUGGAAGGAGGUACCAGACUAUAGAGAAUCUACUUGAGCAUUCCGAGGAUGAUGAAAAGCAGGAGAAAGAAGAAGCAGGAAAGAAAGAACAGGGAAGUAGGACAAAAACCUGGAAGCUGAAGAUUGGCCUCUGAGGAGGGAGACCACAGAGAAAACCAGCCAACAGAUGAAUUCAUCCGUGAAGAAAGCUAGCGGGCGUUGGUUGGGACAGCUGUUCAGGAGCAGGAAAGCUGUGCCAGAAUGAGAAGAGCAGAAUGUUCCAACAUUACAGUCAUUGGUAACAUUCCUCCUCUAAGACUUGGAGAAUGAGGACACAUAAUGUAGCACUUUUUACACAAAGCUGUGGAUGAAUAGGACUCAAAUAUAUUUAGUCAUCUCAUUAUAUGGAUAUUGACAUGUGUAUUUAUUGUCUAAUUCUUAGUAGUUAAAUAGGAAUUUUAAUGUGAUCUCAGUGAUCAUUGUCCCACAGUAUGUUUUAAAGAUACCAAACAGCAAAAUACUAAUCCUCGUUUAAUUAAGAAGAUAAUUUUU